AUGCCGGGCACUGGGAAUCCCGUGGGCGGGGCACACCCCAGGAAUCCCGUGGGCGGGGCACACCCCAGGAAUCCCGUGGGCGGGGCACACCCCAGGAAUCCCGUGGGCGGGGCACACCCCCAGGAAUCCCGUGGGCGGGGCACACCCCCAGGAAUCCCGUGGGCGGGGCACACCCCCAGGAAUCCCGUGGGCGGGGCACACCCCCAGGAAUCCCGUGGGCGGGGCACACCCCAGGAAUCCCGUGGGCGGGGCACACCCCAGGAAUCCCGUGGGCGGGGCACACCCCAGGAAUCCCGUGGGCGGGGCACACCCCAGGAAUCCCGUGGGCGGGGCACACCCCAGGAAUCCCGUGGGCGGGGCCCACCCCAGGAAUCCCGUGGGCGGGGCACACCCCAGGAAUCCCCGACACAGUCAUAG